AUGAAUGAUUGUGCGGUGACUGAAUUCUACAUGACCCCGUUCUCAACCUCCAGAAGAAAUGAAAUUCUGAUAUUUACUGGGUUCUUAUUCAUGUAUCUUCUAGCAGUGGUGGGAAACCUUAUUAUCAUUGCACUGGUCUGUGGUGUACCCCAACUCCACACCCCCAUGUACUUUUUCUUGUGUAAUCUUGCGUCUGUUGACGUCAUCUAUGUCUCUGCUAUUCUCCCAAAGAUGUUGUCCAUUACAUUAACAGGAAACAAGACUAUCUCCUUCUAUGGCUGCAUCACUCAGCUGUACUUCUUCAUAUUCUGUGCCAAUGCUGAGAACAACAUCCUGACCUGUAUGGCUUAUGAUCGCUAUGUGGCAGUUUGUUCUCCUCUACGUUAUUCUUCAAUCAUGACAAGAAAAGUUUGUUUUACCAUAGUCACUUCCUUUAUGCUUUUCAGUGCUGUGAAUUCCCUCAUGUUAACCUUAUUGAUAUCUACAUUGUCUUUCUGUUACUCUCACCAGAUCGACCAUUUCUUUUGUGAGAUAAUUCCAUUGAUAAUAAUUUCUUCUAGUGACACUAAGAGCAUGAAAGUGAUCGUGUCACUAGAAGAUCUCUGCGGUAGCUUUAAUUUUAUGUUUAUUUUGACCUCAUAUGGAAUAAUUUUUUUCACAGUUUUUAAGAUUCGUUCCUCUCGGGGGCAGCUCAAGGCAUUUUCCAGCUGCUCAUCCCACAUUAUUACUGUUUUUUUAUACUACGGACCAAUUAUGUUCAUGUACUUUAAGCCUGAGUCUGAAGGUUCUAAGGAACAAGACAAAGUUCUUUCAAUGUUCUACGUGGCUGUGGUCCCAAUGUUAAACCCAUUCGUAUACAGCCUGAGAAACAAAGACAUUUUGAGAGCUGCUAGAAAAACAGCCAAAUCAAUAUGGAAUAGAAUUAUUAUUUGA